AUGGCUACAACAUGUAGACAACACAGAAAUCACCAGAAGCUGGAUCCUCUACUUAAGUCAAACAGCUGCUUGAUGAACCCCGAGACUGUCACCACCAUACAAACUGGGUAUGUACUGCUUUACAAUGUUGCCUGUCUGGGUGAGAAAGAAAUCUGGACAAGAGGAAAUGAGAGGACCAUGAAACUCUACAGCAUCAAUCAGGGAUCACCAAUCAAAACUGUGAACAUUGUGGAGAAUGAGAAGAUAGAGAAGGUGAUCAGACUACAGAACUGGAGACCUAGCGGUGUCUGUAGUACCUCCUCUGGUGACCUCCAGGUUAUCAUGAAACAAACCAUUGAGUUUGAGGAUAAAGCUGAACCUCUCUAUUCAUCUGGUUUUUAUAACAGAUACAUUACUGAGAACAGGAACCUGGAUAUUUGUGUGACUGACUGUAUUGCUAGUCCAGUAAUGGUGGUCAAUCAGGCCGGGAAACUGAGAUUCAGGUACACUGGACAUACUCCUGCUUCAAAGAACAAACCAUUCAAUCCACUAGGAAUCACCACAGACAGUCAGAGGCACAUCCUUAUAGCUGGUAAUAACAAUGACUAUGUUCAAAUCAUAGUCCAGGAUGGACAGUUCCUCCGUUACAUACUAGCAGUCUAUGGACUGAGUUAUCCCUGGGGUCUGUGUAGAGAUACAAAUAACAAUCUGUUUGUUGCUCAAUGGGGAAACAGACAAGUGAAGAAAAUCAAGUACAUGUACUGCUGA